CGAAAUAAUACGUCAUUGAUCUUUUAGUGACUAACAAAUCGGGGUAUACUAAAACAAAAAAAAAUUAAAUGCAAAAAUUAGCUAAUCAAAAAACCAGUCUAUGCUAACUGCAGAUACUAAACAGGUCGAUGUCAGCAAACAUAGCAAGUUGAUUUUUGUAUAUACCUAAAACUAAUAUUAUUCCAUGUGGUAGCACAACAAAUUAUUAAUAAAAAUGUCUUUGAACCACAAGAUUAUGAUCUUAUGGGCUUAAGAUCAAUCGACUACCAUUUUCCCAUGGGCAUUUGAUGGUAAGUCGUUCAGAAAUCAAUGCCCAGCUAUCAAUAACGUAAAACGAGUAAUAUAUUCGGACUAAGAGAUGCAAAAUUAUACGCUUCUUUAGUUUUUAAGCAAUUCAAAAACAAGUCUAGGCCAACACGAAUGGCUACGGGGUAUAACUGGUAUAAAACAAGCUGACAUAUAGUCAGAUAGCUUAGUGAUCUCCUACCAUGAAGUUCUGUGCUCUGUUUGUGUUCCUGAUAAUCGCGUUAUUUGCCGUUAAGGUGGAUUCUCAAUCGCCCUCAUUUUUACAAUGUCUUAAUGAAAUAAAUGAUCCAGAGCUGUGUGAAAACUUCAGAGAUCAAUUCCCCGAAGAUGCCCCUGCAGUUCCUGUCGACGACUAUACUUUCGAAGCCCGUUCUGGAUAGUUUCCUUUCACCUUCAUUAAUUAUCAUUAGAUACAUACAAAACACAGCUGCAUAACUUAUUGUGAAGAAGGUGGAGAGCAGCUCUGUUGUCUUAAAAGUUAAAUAAAUACAAAAUUUGUUUAUACUCUUACUGUUCGUAUCG